AUGGUCAACUUGAAGAACAUCGCGGUCGCCGCCACGACCCUCCUCGCCUACGCCGGCGCCGCACCAUUCGUAUCGGAGACGGGCGAGUUCAAGACGUCUGCGAAGACGAGCAAGGUGAUUCCCGGAAAGUACAUCAUCACUCUCAAGGAUGGCCUGCAGGCUCGCGACCUCGACUCUCACCUCGACUGGGUGAACGGCGUCCACAAGCGCGGCCUCUCGGCCAGCCAGUUCAAGGGUGUCGAGCGAACCUACAACGGCAAGCACAUCAACUUCCGUGGCUACGCCGGUCACUUUGACCAGGCCACCGUUGCCGAGAUCCGCAAGAACCCCGACGUCGCUCUCGUCGAGGCGGACCAGGUCUGGGAACUGGCCUUUAUCGACCCCGCCGAGGAAGUUGUUGGCAUCCAGCAGAAGCGGGAUCUGACGACCCAGACCGGCGCCCCCUGGGGCCUCGGAACGGUCUCGCAUCGAAGCAAGGGCUCGACCGACUACGUCUACGACACCAACGCCGGCGCCGGCACCUUUGCCUACGUCGUCGACACCGGCAUCGUGACGACGCACGAGGAGUUUGAGGGCCGUGCCGAGGCCGCCUUCACGGCCUUCCCCAACGACGCCAACGUCGACACCUUCGGCCACGGCACCCACGUGGCCGGCACCAUCGCCGGAAAGACGUUUGGCGUUGCGAAGAAGGCCAAGAUCCAGGCCGUCAAGGUCUUCCAGGGCUCCUCCUCGGCCACGUCCAUCAUCCUUGCCGGCUACAACUGGGCCGUCGAGGACAUCAUCGCCAAGGGCCGGACCGGGUCGGCCGCCAUCAACCUCUCCCUCGGAGGCCCCAAGUCGGUUUCCUUCAACAACGUCGUCGACGCGGCCUCGAAGAAGGGUGUCCUGUCCAUCAUCGCCGCCGGCAACGAGUCCCAGGACGCCUCGAGGGUUUCGCCCGCUUCGGCUGAGAGCGCCGUGACGGUUGGUGCUCUGACCAAGGAUUGGACCAUGUCCUACUUCUCCAACUGGGGCACCGUCCUCGACAUCUUCGCGCCCGGCUCCGACGUCAACUCGGCCUGGAUCGGCAGCAACUCGGCGACCAAGAGCAUCUCGGGCACCUCGAUGGCGACCCCCCACGUCGUCGGCCUUGCCCUCACCGCCAUGUCCGUCGAUGGCGUCCAAGGCGUCGAUGCCGUGACCAAGCACCUUACGGGCCACGGCACGAAGGACAAGAUUACCGGAAACAUCCGUGGCUCGCCCAACGUCAUCGGCAACAACAACCGAGCUGGACAGUAA